AUGCUGACCAUCGGACUCCUUGCCCUGCUCUGUGCCUCGGCCUCGGCCAAUGCUAUUCAGGCCAGGACCUCCUCCUACAGCGGGGAGUACGGGGGCGGUGGAGGCCAGCGCUUCUCCCACUCAGGAAACCAGCUGGAUGGCCCCAUCACGGCCCUCCGCCUCCGUGUCAACAAAUACUACAUUGUAGGGCUCCAGGUGCGCUAUGGCAGGGAAUGGAGCGAUUAUGUGGGGGGCAGUUCUGGCAACCUGGAGGAAAUCUUCCUCCACCCGGGCGAGUCCGUGAUCCAGGCGUCGGGAAAAUACAAGAACUAUCUGCGCAAGCUGGACUUGGUGACAGACAAGGGACGCGCUUUUCCUUUCGGCACUGACACGGGCACUAGCUUCAAUGCGAUCCCGCUCUUCCCCAACACAGUCCUCCGCUUCUUCAGUGGCCGCGCUGCGUUGACCAUAAACGCGAUUGGUCUGCACUGGGAUGUCUACCCCAGUGAUUGCAGCACCUGCUAGUCAAUCACCAGCUCCAUCCCGGUUAUUUCCUCCU